AUGCUCAGUGCCCAGGCAGGGACGGAGGCCAGCGCGCGGCCACCGAGCGCCCGUUUCAUCAAGCUGCACCCAGUGCCUAGUGGGAACAUCGUGCGCCUGGGCGCGGGUGGGGCCGGCUGCAGCCCCCAGCCCCUGAUCCCCACCCGAGAGCGCCCUGCCUCGUCUGCCCGCCAACCGGGUGCACUUGGCCCAGAACCCCACCUGGCGCGCCACCAAGAAAUUAAGCCCCCUGCGCUCCAGUGGGCCUUUGCAGAGUCUGCACUUGGAGAAGCACAGCUUAGAGCCGCAGCCUCCUUCGAGGCGGAGGAGGAGGAUGAGCCGGGUCAGCCCGCGAGCCUCUGCCUCUGCGGUGGUGCCAGCGCACUGGGUUUGCGCCGAAUGACCCUUCAACUCACCCCUCCAUGCAGCAGUGAGAGGCAAUAUGAGCGCUCAGGACGGUGUUGCAGCAAAUGUGAGCCAGGAAAGUACAUGUCUUCUAAAUGCACUACUACCUCUGAAAGCAUCUGUCUGCCCUGUGGCCCGGAUGAAUACCUGGACACCUGGAAUGAAGAAGAUAAAUGUUUGCUGCAUAAAGUUUGUGAUACAGGCAAGGCCCUAGUGGCUGUGGAGCCUGGCAACCGCACGGCCCCCCGCCUCUGCGCCUGCACCCCCGGCUACCACUGGAGCGACGACUGUGCCUGCUGCCGCCGCAACACCCAGUGCGCGCCCGGCUUCGGCGCCCAGCACCCCUUGCAGUUCAACAAGGACACGGUGUGCGAGCCUUGCCUUGCUGGAUACUUCUCAGAUGCCUUUUCUUCCACGGACAAGUGCAGACCCUGGACCAACUGUACCUUUUUUGGAAAGAAAGAAGAACGUCGUGGAACAGAGAAGUCAGACGUAGUUUGCAGUUCUUUGCUCCAAUCUAGUAAACCAGAAAAUGGGCCCCGGGUUUAUCUGCCUAGUCUGAUUAUCCCGCUCCUCUUCGCGUCUGGGGCAUUAGUGGCGGCUGUUAUCUUUGGUGUUUACUACAAGAAGAAAGGAAAAACACUAACAGCUAACCUGUGGCGCUGGGUCAAUGAGGCGUGCAGCCAGCUAAGAGGAAGUAAGGGGUCUGCAGGUGACACCUUCAUCCACCCUCGGACGUCAGUCGCUGGUCAGGGCCAAGUUUGUGAGGGCAUCCUGCUGCUGACCCUGGAGGAGAAGGGGUUUCCUGAAGACUUGUGUUAUCCAGGUGGGGGGGCAUGUGCCCCAGAAGAGGCCACUGCACUGUCCACGAUCAGUGAGCUGCAGGGGAACACCUUCAGGCAUGUGCCCACAGAGGACGAGUAUGUCGAUAGACCCUCCCAGCCCGCAGACUCUUCGCUGCUCCAGUUGCAGCCUGGAAGCAGAGCUGCACCCCCUUUUCCUGAGCCCCUGGAAGUGGGGGAGAAUGACAGCUUGAGCCAGUGCUUCACUGGGACCGAGAGUGUGGGGGACCCGGAGAGCUGCCACUUGGCUGAGCCCUCGUGCAGGACAGACUGGCUUCCUGUAGACUCGGAGAAGUACAUGCAGAGGGAGGUGGAUGGUGGGGUAUGUCCCCACUGGGCAGCCUGUGACCCUGCUGGGGAGGACCGAGAACCCCCAGAAAGUGGACCUUUGCCCCAGUGUGCCUAUGGCAUGGGCCUGCCCCACAAAGACAAGGCGGAGGAGGCUGAACACGGAGGCCAGUCCUGGGAUGAAGCAGAUGGCAGUGCUCCAAACGCCACCAGGGGAGGCCCCACCGGCGACCACCCACCUGCCACUGGCAAUGUGACUGGAAACAGUAACUCCACGUUCAUCUCCAGCGGGCAGGUCAUGAAUUUCAAGGGCGACAUCAUCGUGGUCUAUGUUAGCCAGACGUCGCAGGAGGGUGCAGCAGCUCCUGAGCCCCCCGCGGGCCGCCCAGUGCAGGAGGAGAGCUCUGCGCGCUGUGACACCUUCGCGGGGGGCGGUGCACGCCUGGCAGACAAGGAGGAACCCGAGGGGGCACCCGUGCAGGAGCAAGGACCCGCACCCCGUGCUCCCCGGGCCUGGCGCUGA